GCGCGAGGUCGCAUCAGUCGGGUUUCUGCGCUGGCCGGUGUUAUACGUGCGUCGUCUCGACUCUCAAAUCUCGUGUCAUUAUAAUUUUAAGUUUUUAAUUUAUAAAUUAAAGUAGCUUUAGUAAAGUAUUAUAUUAUAGGUAUUUAAGUGUAAGUCUUUUUAUAGUGCAUAUCGUAUUUUAAGUGUGCCGAAAAUCGUAAAGAAUCAAGUGUAUAAAAAUAAUACUAACACAAAGUCAUUCCAAAGUCUGCAGAAAAUGGCCAAAACUGAGAAGUCCUUCCCAAGAAACUUUACAGGAUGCUUAACAUGCGUGCAAGUACUCAACAUUAUGGUGCUGCUCGGUUUCAUGUUAAACUACGCGUUACGAGUGAACCUGACCAUCGCUAUUGUGGAGAUGAUCUAUGACCAAAAAGACAACCUGACUGCCGUAGCCAACAUCACGAACGGAACACAUCAUGUGACUGAGCACCCUGGGCACGUCGAGCAGACACGGUUCUUCUGGGACACGAAGCAGAAGAACCUCGUGCUGGGCUGCUUCUUCUGGGGCUACGUCAUGACAGAACUACCGGGAGGUAGACUCGCUGAAAUCAUUGGCGCAAGACGGGUGUUUGGCUACAGCACACUGUUGGCCAGUAUCCUCACGCUAUUGACUCCAGCGUCGGCCUCAGCUGGCUUCGGAUGGAUAGUCGCAGUCAGAGUAGUACUAGGCGUCUUGCUUGGUGCCACUUGGCCUGCCAUACUACCCAUGGCUUCCAAAUGGAUCCCGCCGAUGGAUAGAUCGAAAUUCAUGUCUAACAUGAUGGCAUCAUCUCUCGGUGCGGCAAUCACGAUGCCCAUAUGCGGCUUCCUCAUUGCUCAUUUCGGAUGGGAAUCGGCAUUCUAUUUCACCGGUAUAAUCGGCGUGUUGUGGUCUGUAGCUUGGUUCGCUGUUGUAUACGACUCUCCCGCCCAACACCCUCGCAUUACUGAAUCUGAACGCAAUUAUUUAAUGAAGGCUCUACCUCAGGACAAUAAUAAGAAAGGGCCCAUGCCGGUACCUUGGAAGAGUCUACUCUCGUCUUCUCCAGUUUGGGCCAUAAUCAUCACUCACGGGGCUUCGGUCUUCGGAUACUUUACCGUCGUCAACCAGCUGCCGACCUACGUCGAGAGCAUUCUGCACUUCAACAUCAAACACAACGGUCUUCUGUCGUCCUUGCCGUAUCUUGGGAAGUACCUGUGUGCGUUGGUGUCGUCCGUGCUGGCUGAUUACCUCAGGCGGAGCGGCAAGCUUUCCACCACCACCGCGAGGAAACUCUUCACUGGCUUCGCUGUUGGCAUACCAGGUUUGCUCAUGAUUGCUCAGGCGUCUCUGGGCGACGACCGGGUGUGGUCCAUAGCGAUGUUCACGUCCGCGCUCACUAUCAACGGAGCUGUGACCGCGGGCUACCUCGGCAACGGUCUGGACAUCGCCCCCAAUUUCAGUGGAACAAUCUUCGGUCUAGCGAACACGCUGUCUUCGUUCGGAGGGUGGGCCUCCACGUUUAUGGUCGGUGAACUCACGACGAAUAACAAUACGAUCGAACAAUGGAGGAUAGUCUUCUAUAUAUUAUCCGGGACUUAUAUCGUUGGAGCCCUUUGCUUCGUACUCUUCGGCUCCGGGGAACUGCAGCCCUGGAACUCACCAAAGAAAAUCAACGAAACCGAAGAGAAGAAAGAAGAGGAGCCUCUGAACGAGGAGAAAGUCUAAACAGGCGACGGUCAGACAGGGAAAUGGGAAUGACGUUAGUAAAUAAAGACAUAUGUCUGAUUGUUUAUAAGUCUGUGGCACAGUAGGGCUGUCGCUACUGCACCGACUUCAUUAUUGGUAAGAGAACUUAUUAAAAUUGAUUUUUUUAUACGAUAAAUACAUUUUGUUCAAUAUAAUUUCAUUACGUGGGUUUUGUUGGGACAUUGUUAAAAUCAUAGAACACUCAGCGCUAUCUGAUGGGGUUUUUGGGAGUAUGCGUGCUCCGUAGCUUCCCCGCAAUGGACUCGGAGGAUAGAUGACAAUAGUAUUUGAUUUAUUAUUUAACAUUUUAACAACCUGCGAUAUUAACGAUAAUAAAAUUUUCAGGUAAAAUCAAUCCAAUACAUAUACAAUAUACAAUACAUGGGAAUAGCAAAAACUUUUUUUUUUAAUUUAGUCUCACGCACACCCCUAAAAUGUUUUUACGGGCUUAUGUCGUGUUUAUUUUAAUUUAAAAUUUCGAAUUGCCACAAUUUCUUUAAAAACCAUUUUAAGGAUAUAAAGUCUUUAUUUACUAACGGACAAAAGUACAGUACCCGACGAUAAAUAUUGCACAUCGACCUUUGGAAAGAGACAAUCGGCUAACAUCGGUUCUGUAGAGCACUAUCUCUGUUUUACGAACCUCUAACAGUCCUACCGCACUGUACCGCAUAACAACGCCUGACAAACGUCACUUAGGCAGUGUGUGACAGAGAUAGCGCUCUACAUAACCGAUGUUAGCCGAUUGUCUCUUUCCAAAGGUCGACGUGCAAUAUUUAUCGGCGGGUACUGUAAGAACUUUUAUCAUACUUACUGGAACUGUAUUUACAAAUGUUGCCAUAAAAUUGAGCUUACUACGACUAAAAUACGAAUUUAUCGAGCUUACUAAUGAAUAGUCGAAAAUGUAAGUGUUUAUAUAGAAAUCGAAAUCUAUAGAAAAAUUUGUAUUUAAAUAUUAACCUGUCUGACAGACAAUUAGUAUUAAGUGUUGCCUCGUAUUCGUAUAUUCUUAUACUGUAUUAAUAAUUUAAAAACAAUAAAUCAUACACUUUUGUACAUUCUUUUGUAAAUAAUAUUUAUUUUUGUGUGAGAAUUUGGUGCUAAUUUCUAAUUACUAUUCGAUUUCUUAAACCUCCACCUCAUUAAAAAAGUAAAUUCUAUAAGUUCUAUAUUUUAGCUUCCUCUUAUCUCCGAUUUCUGUUGCAAAUUGCUUACAUAAAUAUUUUCGAAUUCAUUACAGUAUAACAUUAGUUUAGAUAUUCAACUAGAAAAAUCUUUGUAGUUUAGACGUUAUCAAUAAAUAUAGAUCCAAAUUCUCGCACUGAUAUUGACACGAGAAGAAAACGGCUUCGUCACACGUGUCCGUGUAGCGGGACACUAAGACGCUCCUUGUGUUAUAUAAAUAUAAAAAAUAAAAAUAUUAAAAAAAAAAACUCAAAAAAAGGCUGUUAAUGUAAUUUUAAGUAUUGUGAUUUAUUUAUAUGAAUACGUAACGUAUCGGCUCGCGCAAAGGACUCUGAAUGAUGAUUUAUUUAGUAUAACGGCGUACCCGAUGUCCACAUUCAUAUAGUGUGAAAUUAGAAAUGUGAGCACCCCUGAGCACACAUGAACACUCGUGAGCACGCGUGAGCACACUUCACGACGCGUCUAUACGAGCUUCCGAAACGACGGAAAAAACUUAAGCAAUGGCUCGGUAACAAACUUGGCCUAUCAACACACCGGAGCCAUAAUCAUGUAACUGGUCUAAGAAAUAUCUUGGAGCAGUUCGAAUAUAGUUCAUUCCAUAUCAGUGCUUCUGUCGUAGUACUGCAGGACACCUCUGUCGCGGUGACCUUCGGCUAAGAAGUUUAAAUAAAUCUACCGGAAGAUGAAUGUGGAUGUUAGGGUCGCAGAGACGGCGUCAGGAGUUCGGAACCCGACUCAUAAUUUAUAAUGUCCUAGUGUUAAUAGGACAAGUCACAAGUAUUAAGUCUUCGUUGGUACAAUUCAAUUUUGCAUUUAUACGUUCGUGUCGCCUGCGCUGGUAUUAAAAGUUGAUUCUGGGUUUUUUUUUAAAUAUACCUCAUUACCAUUACGGAAGGCGUAUUGGAGCAAUUAUUCCAGUAAAGUAAGACAGAUCGAGCAUGAGAUUCAUAACGUUUUGGCUUUAUUAACGCUCCGCUUCGCACGCAAUGUAAGACGAACAGUUGCCAGGCGAACACUUGAGGUGUUCGCUAUACAAUGCGCGUCUACAAAAUUCGCUUUUCAAAUCUACGUUGUGACUGAUAGUUGAGUUUUCGACGAUUUUUUUCUUUCUAAUUUACCUUUUUAUAAAUCUUUAGUCGUGGAUAUAUUCAGUAUACGCACAUACACAUAUGUAAUUUUAUCAUUUCGCAUCCCACUAAUAACUUGAAGUUCUUCGUUAUCAAUAGUGCGGCAGUAGUUUUGACUAAUAUCGAUUCGUAAUUGCCCCAUUACUAUUUUUUUUUGUAUAUUUUAUUUCAAUAGCGUAAAAAAAAGUAAUAAAAUUCAGUACAUAUACUCUUGGCUACCAUGUAGUAUUGCUCGCAUUCCGAGCGGGGCGACCGCGCGUCUGUGUGCUUAGCGCGAGUUAUUUAACGUUCUCGAUAGCGUAAAAGUUAACUCAUAUUUGUAUGGAAUGGGAUCGUUUGCGUACGUUUGCCGCUAGGGGCGCUGUUCCAACUGCAUACAAAAUUAGGUUAACUUUUACGCUAUCGAGAACGUUAAGAAACUCGCACUAAGCAUACUGAACUUCACAGCGCGUAUAAAACCGAAUCUGAUUUAAUUGCGUAUGUACAGCGCUUUCACCCAAUUAUUAACACGUCGUUUAUUCAUUAAUUAAAUGCGUCAUUGAAUAGUAUCAAAUAAAUGUAGGCCGCAACUGUGACGUCACGUACAUUAAUAGCAACGCUAGUUUUAGUGCCUCUUAAAGAGAAUUAAGUACAGUCGAUGACAGUCGUGAUUUUUGACAUUUGUGCGUGACGUCACCGUUCCAUAAGUAGUUUUGCUCGUUCAUUUCAUGCGUUUGAAAAAUUUGUCGCGGAUUGAGAAAUUAAAAAAAAAAACAAAAAAAAGCCUUCAGAUUUAAAUUUCAACCAAAUAUUUGUAAAAUUAUUUAUCGAACAAAGAAAGAAAGGUUUCAUUCGAAAUAAACAAUUCGUACAAAAACAUAUGGUAAAAACUUUAAUUGGGACCAAUAUAAUGAACAGCGAAAUUACCGAACGAAUGCACGUGUGAAUUAUAUUUUUUUUAUUUUUUUUUUUAUAUUGCAUCCUUCACAUUCAUGAAUUAUUUCAAUAUCUUUUUAACGUCAAAGCUGACGAGUAAAAUAUUAACCAUUUCGCUUUUAAGUAAAAUAUUUUACACACAUGCAUCGGUAAGAUAGUUUUUUAUUAAUAAGAAAUUAACGUAACGGAUAUGUUUUUCAUGACCUUAGUUAAGUUUUAUUUUAUUUAAGUAUCUAUUUAUUUAAUGCGACAUCAUUAUAUUUAAUGGAAAUCUCGACCAGUGCUCUGUCGUGGCUCUAUGGUUCUAAUCCUUUCUGUUCGUCCGUCAUACAGAUAGACAAGGGAUCUACCAUAGACAAUACUACACUUAAUGUACCUACCUAUACAUUACGGAUUUAAGGAAAUAGAUACAUUUGAGAAACGUAUCGAGAUAAUUUUAAGUAAUUUUAAAAUUUCACAUUUACUCAGUGUUGGCUUCAGACAAUUUUAGUUUUGGACUUUAAGUUUUUAUCUUGCAUAAAGUACGAUCAUCUUCUCGGUUACAAACUGGAGUUACUUUGUCGGUAUCACAUUAUAUUUAUUUAUUUAUGAUUUGUUAUAAUUAUUGAUUUGUAAACGUAGACCUGAAAUUGCGAUUAUAAAAUUGAAAUUUUAGCAAUUGAUGUCUUUAUGUGUUAAAGCAUCCACUGAGAAAGGUUUUUUUGUUAAUUCCACUCCUAUAAAUUUUUAAGGAUGAAUGGUUGGAUGGAAAUCCAAUAUUUUCAAAGUAAAAAACAUAUUUGCAUAUCAUAUUUAGUUACAUAUAAAAUCACGUAUACAUACAUACAAUAUAUAUACAUAGUUAUCUAUUUUAUUUUUCCGUUAAAAGGGUACUUAAAGAGUUGAAAGUUAAAACGGGAAGAUUGUCACUUUUGAAAGAAAAAGCACAAAAUUCAUUAUUAAAAUUUAAGGAAAAAACAAUACAAAUAUAAUAGCAGAAAUGUCUUUUCAGCACAAUACACUAAUUGUUCCGUUAGAAACCGAACGGCUUGCUUUUACGUUAAUUAUAAUUUAAUAUUAAAUAAUUAUUAUUUAUAAUAUACAAUUAAAUACAUUACCUCGAAAUAAAUACGUCACCCAGGUAUAAGAUUUCUAUAAAUAUUCAGAAUCGGUUCAGUAGGACCAUAGAUUAUCCAAUGCAACAAAGGAAUUUUUUUUCAUUAAGUUUUAUGGACUAAAGAGAGCCCUGGCUUCUUUGUAGGGUAGUUGCGUCGUCUAAUAUUCUACAUUUAAUAGUAAUCGCACGCUUAAUAAUAGACUAACCUAUUACGAUUUAGGUCCAAUGUAAGCAAACAUAGAUUUAUUAUAAAUCCUUUAUCUGCCAAUCUCAGAAUUUCUACGAUUAUUUUAUAUUCUAGACUAAAAUAGUGCUUAAAUCUUUAACUCUUUUACUUGUGGAAUUUUUGACAAGGCUUGUAAAGUAAACAUGACAGUGACAUAAACCAUUUUGGGUCUGAGAGUCUGAGAUUGUGACACAGUGAUGCCAACUCCGGGGUUUUCCCCCCGAAUUUAGGGGGAAAAAAUCUAUACAGGGAUUUUUUUAGGGGGUGAAAUUUUUUGGGGAUAUUUUUAGGGAUAAAAUGUUAUAUAGAAAAAUACUUAAAAAUACUAAAUAACUAUUGUUAUUCACUAAUUAUUUAUUAUUUUUAUUUAUUUCUUUACUUAUAUUGUAGUGAAUAAAUACUUGGCCCGUCGUUGGGGAGUUUUGUUUUGAAUUUAGUGGUUUUUGAAAUUGCUUUAGGGGGAAAGUUUUCAAAGUUGGCGACACUGUUGUGACAUUCGACUCGCGUUGUUGUUUUUAAAUUAGAGUGAUACAUAUAAGUUCGCAUUAUGUAAAAAAAUCGCAGGUAAAUCGUACUUAAAUGAAUUAUAAGAUUAUGACCAAUUUGAUUAUUAGGUCAGUUUGGUAGAAAAUGUGACAUUUAUCAUAAUUACAUUUUAGUAUCAAAAUUGCCUGAUCAAUUAUUCUUACAAUAUUAUUAUAUCGCUUAAUAUUUAUCAGACUAUUUUCGUUAAAGUAGAAAUAAUGAAAUCUGACAAGUUUUUAAUUACAAAAAUAUUUUGUUAUUUCUCAACGAUUUGCUUUUUUGAUUUAGGUCAGUCUAUUAUUAUCUAUGAGCGUGCCAUUUUGUAAUUGACUAAAUUAUUUAACGACUAAAAAGUAGUUCCUAAACUGAUGUCAGUAUUGGAGAUCUUUUUUUUGGCAAUUAGAUGUUUUUAGCAUUUUUUAAAUUGUGUUUAAUUUAUGAAUUUAUAUAUAUAUAUAUAUAUAUAGUUCUAAUUAUGGUGGUUGCAGUCAAUAACCUUAUUAAUUCUCAUGUUUGAAACAGUAUGAAAUUUAUUUAUAUCUUUAUAAAUUUGGUAGUAAGUUUAUAAAUUGCUUUUUAACUAUAUUUUGAUGUGUAUGAAAAGAAAUUGCUCACUGACUCAAUCUUAUCGAGUUCAAAAAACUUAAUAUGCAAUAAAAUUUAUAUAGUUACUUCAAUUUCAAGUAAAACUGUGACACUGAAGCUUAUUGUAGCUUAUUGCAGCUGGCAACAUUAUUGAUAUUUAUAGAUAUUUCUGACGAAUACAAGAUUGCCAACACAAAUGUAUGGGAUUAACGAAUUUUUAGGAUAUGUAUUUAUAUUAUUAUAAAUCAGAUGUAUUCAUUGUAAUGUUGUAUUGUGUUAGGAUUCAAUAGUUAAACCUUUGCACUCGAGAGGUUUACAAUUAACACUUAUUUUGGUGACAGAGUGUAGUCUCUCAAGUGUGACGUAUUAAUAAUGCAAACAUUGUAAAUAAUAUACGUUUAAUAAUGUGGAAAACGUUAUUUAUAAAAAGACAAGUCAUUUAAAGAACAAAAUUUUGUGUAUUUCACUUUGAAUCUGUUUUUUUAUUUAUUUCGAGUCUUAUAUAGUUUGUGUUACUCUAUCAAAUGCUAAUAAGAUGGAGACAGUCAUUCCAAAUAUAAAUGAUCAAACUCAUAUAAAUUGUAUCUAAUAUAAUAGUUUUGCUCUACUGAAGAAUUGUUUUAUGAAAUAAUUUCUUAUUGUUUUUAAGGCUAUAAAUUUUUUUCAGAUCCAAUAUACUAACAUCAACUUUUUUAAAUAUCUUCAUAAUAUAUAUCUUGACGUAUGUGGUAAACAUUAGAUUUCAAAUUUUGACAAUUUUGUUAACAACAUUAGAUUUGACGUAACAAUUAAAAUCUUUUUAAGUGCCUUUCUUAUAAAUCAAAAAGAAGUCGAAUGUAUUUUCAUAAGUAAACGAAUCUUGUUUUUAGAUCAGCCCAUAUUUUUGAAUCAGAUAUUCUAGUGCGUAUGAUUCCUCUAUAUGUAAACUGCAUAAAAACAUGUACACAUGUUGUUAAUGUAUAUGACAAUGCUCUUGUGAAACUGUUUUGAAAAAUAAAGAAUUUACAAAAAUGUG